AUGUGGCCUGUAAAAUGCAGCCGUACUUGGCUGCGUCUGUUGAGUUUAGCUAUAAAGGAUACAUUUUGGGAGUACACACAAAAAACAAAGGUGAGCGGUAUGUGGCUUCUGCGUGAAAAACGAACAAGAGGUGUUUCUCGUUUGAUUUGGGCCACUGUACUCAUAAGUUUGUUUCUGCUAAGCGUUUACUUGGCCUUACAACUGUGGUUUAAAUUUUAUUCAUAUCCAAUUUUAAACACAAUAUCCACUGAUUUGGCCAUAACAGAUGUAGCAUUUCCUGGCGUGACUGUUUGCAGUCCCAAAGUUGUGAAUAUGGAGCGUGUACAAAGUUAUGUUAAAAAACUAAAAAUUCCACCGGAAUACGAUUUACGCGAAGUUGAGAAUGGCUUUGCUUACAUUAAUGCUUUUACAUCACAAAAUUGGGUACGUCCUCCACAUGUUAGUUACGAAGCGACUGAUGCAGUUUUGCGCUUCAAUAACAUAUCUAUAUAUGAAGCUGCACUCACAAUUAGUCCCGGUUGCUCGGAUUUUGUAAAACGUUGCUUCUGGGGUACUACGGAAUUUUCUUGCCAUCAAGAUAACGAGUAUCUUUCUUUUAUAUCGACUACUUCUUAUAUGGGUCCAUGUUGUUCUUUUAACUACAAUCCACGUAAUGCUUCUUAUGUACCAUUUUCUGCAAAUAUUUUCGGCAUGGAUGGUGGCCUAACUUUCAUUGGUCACGAGGGUUCAGAACAUAAUCUUUCAACUGGUCUUUUAGUGCUUGUUCAUCAUCCUAUGGAUUUUGUUACUGAAUCAGCUUCAGCUGUAACUAUUACUGCUAAUUCUGAAAGUUUUGUCGAAAUCUCACCUACAGUGCAUAGUUCGUCUUAUGAAGUAUUGGAAUUACCGCAAAACAAACGUGAUUGUCUUACUUCAAGUGAAUUGGAAUUACGUAGUUAUAGACAAGCUGCCUGUAUGUUGUCGUGCCAAUCGGAUGCUAUAGUACAGAAAUGUAAAUGCCACCCUUACAAUCUUCCAACAAUAAGAAAAGAUUAUAUGGAGUGCAAGCUAAACGAUACUGAAUGUUUUGCAACUAAUUAUGAUACCUUUAAAACUGUGCGAUGCAACCAAUGCUUGCCAAACUGUUACGAUGUAACUUAUUCGACACUGGCCUACAAAACAGAUUUGCAGCUGCAUAAUUAUUCUGUUAGUACUUUAUAUUCACGUGAACGCCUAACUAAAGACUCUUUUAUCGUACGAGUGUAUUUAGCAAAACAAGUGGUGCCCUCAAUACGCAAGGUAACCGUAAUGUCAUGGAUUGGCUUGCUAUCUGAUCUUGGUGGAGUUUUCAACUUGUGUCUUGGUUUAAGUGUUAUUUCGCUGGUGGAAUUUUUGUACUAUUGCACUUAUCGUCUUUAUGCUAACUUCAAGAUGCGUAGUGUACUUUUGUCCUCAGAAGGAUUGAAAUAA